GUUUUACGUACAAUUGUCAUAAAUUCAAACUGAAAGUAGACGUUAAAAAAUUGCGUAAGUAAUGGGAUUAAAUUCUUCACGUCUGCCAACAACGUUAUCUCACCCUCAAGCCAAGUUAGUUCAGCAAGCCAUCUCACAAAACUGUGUGGUUAUCUUCUCCAAGACAACAUGCCCUUUUUGUGUGCAGACCAAGGAGAUCUUCAGAAACCUUGGGAUACCCUACGAAGCCAUGGAGCUGAACCAUCAUCCUGAGGGUCCACAUAUACAGAACUACCUGGCAGAUAUCACACAGGCUAGAACGGUACCCAGAGUUUUUAUCAAUGGAACCUGUAUUGGUGGGGCAAGUGAAACAAAGUCUCUUCAUAAAUCAGGACAACUCCUAGAACUAGUGAGCAAGUGCCAUACCCAUCAAGUGGAACAAGUUAGGAAAUGAUUUUUACAGACUAGUUAAUUCAUUUUGUUGAAUAUUUAUAUACAUAUAUAUUGUUGUAAUUUGUAUAAUUUUUUAUAGCUCUUGCAAGAUGAAAAUAAACAUAUGAAAUAAAAGCAUCUUGA